AUGGCAGUCGGUGGCCUCGUCACGAAUUCUGAUAAGCCAGUGCCCUUACAAAGCAUCUCAGUGGAUGUGCUGGUCCGUGGCUUCGUGGCUGACGUCGUGUCUGAUCUUCGGUACAAGAAUGAAGAAGGGGACCCAGUGGAGGUUACAUUUGUCUUCCCUCUGGAUGACGAAGCUGCCGUCUAUGCUUUCGAGGGCCUGAUCUGCGGGACACGGAUUGAGGCCCAGAUCCGAGAAAAGAAACAGGCACAGCAGGAAUAUGAGGAUGCCCUGAGCGAAGGACUACAAGCCUUCCUGCUCGAGAGGGAGACCAACACCAGUGACAUUUUCACCUGCAGCCUGGGUAACCUUCCUCCCGGCGGGGAGGCCACGCUGAAGCUGCGCUAUGUCCAGCCGUUGGCUUCGGAGCCUGACAGAGCUGUCCGCUUUGUCCUGCCUGCUGUGCUGAACCCACGCUACGUGCCUGCGGGGUCAGAAGGGGGCACGGUCACCAACAGCAUACCACGAGUGCCCGAGGGAAACCUGCCCUAUACGCUCAGCCUCAGCGCUACAGUGGAGUCCUCCUAUCGCAUCAGCCGAGUCGAAUCGAAAUGCACCCUUGUGCCUCUUCACUUCACAGCAGAAAACCAUACUGCCGCUCAGGUCUCCUUGGCUGAAGGGCACCAAUUUGACCAGGAUGUGGAGCUGCUGAUUUAUUAUGAGGAAGCUCACAAGCCCAGUGCGGUCCUGGAGGCUGGGAAGCCUGGAGCUGCGUCAGGCUCCCUGAUGGGGGAUCCGGCUCUUCUGGUUACCCUGUACCCCAGCUUACGCAGUGCCUCCAAGCCAGGCCAGAAUGCUACUGGGGAAUUCCUCUUCCUGCUGGAUCGCUCUGGCAGCAUGGCUUCCGGCAGUUCUCGCUCACCAUCUCGUAUUCAAAGUGCCAAGGAAGCCCUGAUUCUCCUGCUGAAGAGUCUCCCUCUGGGAUGCUUCUUCAACAUCUACGGAUUUGGAUCCACCUACGACUCAUUUUAUCCGCAGAGUGUAGAGUACACCCAGCUGACCAUGUCCGAGUCUCUCCAGAGGUUGAAGCCGCUGCAGGCUAACUUGGGGGGCACAGAGAUUCUGGAACCACUGAAGGCCAUUUACAGCCAGCCACGCCGAAAAGGACAUCCUCGUCAGCUGUUUGUGUUCACUGACGGAGAGGUGUCUAACACAGACGAGGUCAUUGCAGAAGUUGAACGUCACAGCUCCUCCCACAGGUGCUUCUCCUUCGGCAUCGGGGAAGGGGCCUCCACCGCCCUCAUCAAAGGCAUCGCUCGAGCAGGCGGAGGCAGUGCCGAAUUCAUCACCGGCAAGGAGCGCAUGCGGGCCAAGGCCCUGCAAUCUUUGAAGAAGGCCUUGUAUCCUGCAGCAACAGGGGUCUCUCUGCAUUGGGGCUUACCUUCCGGUCUCAAGGCCGUGAUGGUGGGGUCCGGCCCCCAAGUCAUCUUUGAAGGACAGCGCAGCCUCAUCUAUGCCCAGAUCCACGGGAAGCAUAAGUCCUCAGGUGCCUCAGAGGGGUCGGUUGUCCUUCAGUACAGCAUCGCAGGCCAGACUUUCAAGGAGACGAUGAAGUUCCCUCUCCAAGCUCAGGAGGGUGACAGGCUCCCUGUUCAUCGGCUGGCGGCCCGUGCCCUGCUGCAGGAUCUGGAGGGUACCGGAGAGAAGGAUAAAAAAAAGCAGCACCUGGCUCUGGAGACAAGCCUGAGUUCCGGGGUGGUGUGUUCUCAGACGGCCUAUGUGGGGGUCAACACAGAGCUGGGCAAGCCAGUGCAGGGGCCCCUCGUCCACCGACAUGUCCCACUUGCGGAGGCGAAAAAGCCCACCCCCAAGAAAGAGGAAUCCCUUCUCUUGAGUCUGGUCUCCCUGCAGAAUGCAGAUGGCUCCUGGGUCCUCGAUGCCAACCUGGCCAGCCUGCUGGGCCUGAGUGAGGCCGAGAUCGCGAGCCAAGCACCCGCACAGGUGCCUCCCAAUGUGUGGGCAACUGUGCUGGCCAUCUUGUGGCUCCACUCCCGCACUGCAAAGCAGAGGGAUGAAUGGGAGCUCCUGGAAGCGAAAGCCCUCAACUGGCUUCAAGCAACUGCAGGGUCUCAGCUAGCGGACUGUGUGAAGACCGGCAAUGUAGUGCUGGACAGCAGCGUGAGCCCCCAGGCUUUCGGUCUCUGA